AUGGUCAUGACAUUUGGGGUGCUAACGGAUGUAUGCACCAGAUUUUUUGAAUUCUCAAAAAAGUGAGAAUGAAAAAAACAGUACACGCGAAAUUACGAUUUUUUUAUUUUGAAAUCAUUUUCAUUUUGUUUUAUUUUUUUAUUGAAAUGUUUUUACAACUUAACAAAACCCCACUGCAAAACCGAAAAGAGAAAACCAAAAUACAGUAGACUUCGCGGCUGCUUUGAUCUUUUUUAUUGAAAAAGGAAAAAUUUGGAUUUCUAGGCCAUAUCGGUUCUCUACCAACGGUCACAAAAUUUCGGACUGACAAUAUAAGAAAGGUGUAAUCCGAUAUUUUUGGUUCAUAACUAGCGCAGUUCAUCUCCCAAAACCAGAUUUUUCAGGCCGAUUGGACAAAUGUCUAUUUCAUCAUAACAAUUGCCAGCACAAUUGCAAUGUUUAUGGUAAAUGCGAUCUCAAACAGCCAAGUUCGUGGCGAAUCUCUUCACGAAGGACUUUUGGGAACAAAAGGAUCGCGUUUGUGGUUGAUGGCUGCAUUCGUGAUUUUGUUCUCGGAUUAUGUUUUGAGACAAGGAGAUCAUGAUGUUUGGCCGGGUAAGCGGUUUUUGAGGGGGGAAUUUAUUGUUUCAAAUUUUUAUGAGGUUUUUUCAUUGGGCUCUGUUUUGAUUGUGAAAAUGAUUUCAUUAGAAUUAAUUUAGUGAUUCAAAAAUUGUUUCAAUAGAUUUUCAAAAAAUAUCAAAUAAACUUGGAUUUGAAAAUUUUAUUGAGAAAAAUUUACUGUUUCAAAAACAAAUUAAAAUCAGGAAAACCAGACUGAUUUCAAUUUGAUUCUUCUGAUUCAAAAAAAAAUAAGUAGAUAACAUUUUUUUUUCCAAAAAAAAACUCACUGUUUCAACAGUUUGAGCAUUGAAUUUUCAUGAAAUGAAAAUUGCUUUGAUCAAUUUCUUCUCAACAUUAAUAAUUUUCACUAUUUUUUUCAAAGAUUCAUAAAGUUUCACUGUUUCAAAAUAGAAACUAUGUAGAGAUAUAUUUUGAUGCGACCUCCUAGAAAUUCACUGUUUCAAAAUUGUGAUGAAUUAAAACUUGAGUUGAAAUUUACAAUGUGGCUCCUUCACAUAUUUUCACUGUUUCAAAAAAUUGUGAAUUAUUUUUGGGUGAAAUUUGAGUUUGAUUAGUCUAGUUUUGCUGUUCCAAGAAAAUAUUGAACCAUUCGAAGUAUUUUCAAAAUUAAAUUUAGUCUGAAAAAAAAAAUCACUGUUUCAGAAAAUGUGUGUUUCAAAAAAUCAGGUGAAAAUAUCUAAAUAUCUAUUAAACGAGGCACCAAGUUCAGAAAAAAAAAUUUAUGUUUUGAAAAAAAAAAUUUACUGUUUCAAACAAAUUAAUUAAUUUAGCUGUUCCAGAAAAUGUUAAUUCGAUCUUGACAUAGAAUUAUUAUAAUUUGUUAUCUGAAGUUCAAAUUUCGAAAAAUACACUGUUUCAAAAAAUUUCUAAAGUAUUUUUGGGAAGAAUAGGGUUUGAUUUUUGCAAAACUACAAAACCUUUUUUUAAAAAGGAUAGGGGCUGUUAGCCCCCAGGCGUAACAGUCUUCUCAUUUAUUUCAGUUUCACUUUUUUCUGUGAUUAUUGUCCACAGAACAUUGACUUACAAUCAAAUUUAUAGAAAAUUUCAAAUUUUUUGAUCAAAAAAUGACUCGUGGCAAAAUCUGGAAGGCUUCCUAAUUUUGCCAUGGAUGACGUCAUCAAUAAAUUUUUCGAAAAAAGACUUUUUUAAUUAAUUUUUUGAAUUAAAUGUACUCGUAAGAGGUAAAUCAUACGAAUUACAAUCAAAUUUAUAGAAAAUUUCAAUUUUUUUGAUCAAAAAAUGACUCGUGGCAAAAUCUGGAAGGCUUCCUAAUUUUGCCAUGGAUCAAGUCAUCGAUAAAUUUUUCGAAGAAAACCUUUUUUAAUUAUUUUUUUGAAUUAACUGUACUCGUAAGAAAGGUGUAAUCCGAUAUUUUUGGUUCAUAAUGAACGUGUCCCACUUAAAAACACAUACGUGGCAAGCAAAAAGGAAUAUAAAAAUAGAGAGAAAUUGGAAAAAGGUAUCAGUUUAUAGAAUAACAAUUUAGUAAAUAAACUCAAAUUGAGCACAAAAAUGGAUGAUAGUCCUGGAAAAGUGAGUUUUGCUAUUUAGAUUUGUUGGAAAUGUUUAUGAUAAUUUUUGCAGCAAGAUAAAGAUAAAGAAAAUGUGGCUGAAACUCAAGAUGUGACACAUGACAAAGAAAAAGAGAAAGAGCAGGAAAAAGAAGACGAGAAAGAAAAGGAGAAAGAGAAAAAGGAGGAUUCUGAAGAUUCUGGGAAGAAAGAUAAAAAGGAAAUUGCGGCGAAGAGUGUUCAAAAACAUAAUAAAUCACAUGAUCAUGAUUCGGAUGAGGAAAAAGAAAAGGAAAAAGAAAAAGAGAAAGAGAAAGAAGAGGAAAAGAAAGAUAAAAAGAAAAGUGAAAAAGAGGAGGAAAAAUCAGAUCCGAAGAAGAAAACAACAUCAAUUCGAAAGCAAGAAUCAGUUCGAAAUGAUACUGGAUCAAUCCAAAAAACAUCUUCGAAUAGAAAAAAAGAUGAAAAAGAUGGAGAUAAGAAAAAAAGAGAAAAAUGCGAAGAAAAAGAAAGGAAAAAAGAAAGGAAGUAAGAAUAAAACAUCAAUUCGAGAAGAUACUUCAGUUAGAGAACCGCCCAAAUUGAAACAUAAACUUGCGACUCCGAAAAAUGAGACGGAAUUGGAAUUGUUGGAAUUGGAACCACCUUUGAGUACACAGUGUAAAUUAAUGGAAGAGUAUAAGGUUUGUGAAUACUGUAUGUGAUUGGUCAAAAAUUAUCAAAAUUUUUUCAGAUGAUACUCGAACAACUUUACAUGUUUUUUAAUUGGAAUGAUGCGUCGUGGAAAUGGCACAACUGGAUUUGA